UCCUGCAUCGCCUGCACAGCCGGCAAGUACAAGGCGGACGUAGGGAACUUUCAAUGCAGCUUCUGUCCCAACGGCAGCUUCUCCAAUCUCAGCGCUGCUUCUGCCUGCGCUCUCUGCCCUCCGAAUCAUUUCAGCAACACAAACUCUCAGCAUGGAGUCUCGACCUGUUCGCAAUGCCCGGCCAAUGCCGACACAGGCAAGGAGGAAUGCUUUCCCUGCCCUCGAGGCUCCUUCGCUUCCCUUGCUGGUAGUCUCACUUGUCAGAGCUGUGACCCUGGCUCGUUUCAAGAUGCUGACGGAGCCUCUUCAUGUCUUCACUCGUGCGAUAUCUGCAGGGAAGGAAGUUAUUCAGCUAGUGAAGGCAGCUUGAGCUGCACGCCAUGUGAGGCGGGCUCGUUCCAAGACGCGGCAGGCGCCUCAUCGUGCAUGACUUGUCCCAACUCCUCCUACAUCAACAGCACGGGAGCGUCUUCUUGCCUUGCCUGCCCUGCCAACUCCAGCAGCUCCCCGGGCUAUCGCGAAUGUCUUUGUGCUCCCGGAUUCUCUUUUGAUCCCGACGCUAUGCUUUGCCUCCCGUGUCCUACGGGGACAUAUAAGGAUGGAAUCGGAAACCAUGCCUCUGACUCCUUGGUCUGCGUCAAAUGUCCAGAUGGCACUUACAAGGGUGCCAUAGGCAGCUCGGCUUGCCAAGCUUGUCCGGCGGGG